AUGAUUAUUAAAAACUUACUACUACUACAAUUAUUACCUUUUCUUUUCCUUCUUUUUUUAUUUCUUUUAAAUUUUACUUUUGCUGAUGACAAAAAUUUAUUUCAAACAAAAAAUGAAAAUAAAUCGAGUAAUUAUUCAAAAUCGCCUGUAGAAGUUGCAUUAUGUGAGGGUUCAGCAAGUGCUUUCUUUGUUAGCGAUAAUAUAAAUAUCCAAGAGAAUAUAAAACCUUCCUCAAUAAUUAGAGGCGUUAAUGAACAGCAAUGUAUUGAAUUUUGUAAAAAUAAUAGAGAUCAAAAUGGACGGACAUUACUUUGUUCUCUACUCAUUUAUCGAAGUGAAGUCCAAGAAUGUCGUUUAUUUAGACACACAACAUUUCCAGACGGAGAAUUAUUUAGGCAAUCAUUGGAGGGUUAUCGUUUAAUCGAAAAGUUUUGUUUAUCAGAAGAUGUUUCGAUGGAAUGUGCCUCCAAACAAUUUAUUAGAGUCGAUAAUUAUAUAUUGAGGGGGUAUGCACAAUCAACAACAACAGUCCCAACAUUGGCUGAAUGUGUUAGUGAAUGUAUGAAGGAAAAAGAAUUUAAUUGUUUGUCGGCAAUGUAUUUUUAUGAGGAAGGGGAAUGUAUUACAAAUACGGAAUCUGCAAUAACUGCUCCCGAUGAUUUUCAGCCACCUGAAGAGGAUGACCAAAAAGUUGUUUUCUUUCAUAAUGCCUGCAGUAAAGGAAAUGAUCAUCAAUUAGAAUUAGCCCAAUCACAAGACUCCGUAAUAACAAGUACAUCUGCAUUAAUACAACAAGAUGAAACUACAACAAAAGAAGAAGAAUCAGAAAAACAAAAAGAAGGAGAAAAUAAUCAGAAGAAUUCAGAAAAUAAAAAUAAAUUAACCAAUUCUUCUUCUGUUUUUGUUUUACCAGAAGAAGAGAACAAUAAUCAACAACAACAACAACAAAUAUUAAUACCCAAAGUUUAUUUACCCCAAAAAGAAGAAAAUAAUAAUUUAGAACAAAAUGAUAAUAAUUUAAUUAUUCAACAACAACCUUUACAAAGACAAUAUGGAGCUAAAAAUAUUGAACGUGCUUCAGACGGUUCUUAUCAAGAAAAAAUUCUACUAAAUUCUUCCGAUGAUUUAUUACCACUAUCUAAGUCAAAUAAUUUAAUAAAACCAACAAAUUUAAAUAGAAAAGGGCCGGAAUCAACAAAAAGAUUACAUUUAAAAUUAAUUAAAGAUCAACAACCAAAACCAGAUUUAAAUAAAAUUAUUUUUUCUCCACAUUCUUCACCUCCUUCAACAACAAUUUCCAAUACUUUACCUCCAAAAAUUCACAAAUUAAUUCCAAAAAAUAAUAUCCAACAAUCAUUACCUUUAAUUUAUUCUUCUCCCCCUCCUUCUACUCCCCCUCCUCCUUCCACUCCUUCUACAACAAAACCUCCAUUAAUUCCUUCAACAACAACAAUAAAAGAACAAAAACAGCCAGAAUUUAUUCCUUUAGAAUUAUCAGAACCUUUAGCAGAACAUUCUGCUGAAGAACGUUUUGAAGGUUCAGAAGGGUAUUUUAGUCUUUGGGGGCCUUGGACGCCUUGCAAUAUUCCUGGAGAAAGAAGAAUUAGAAGACGGAAAUGUUUAGAUUUGAGAAAAUGUAGAGGGUCUUUAACGCAAGUUGAUUAUUGUCCAACAAAUAUUGAUGAAGAACAAAAAAUUAAUGAAAAACAAAUUAAUGGUAAAGAGAAAUGA